AUGCACGAAGACAGGAUCAACAGUCUCGAAGACCCAGACAAUCAGAACAAACUUCUUGAAGUUCUUACUAAAACUAUUCUCGUUGAAAUUAUCAUAAUCAAUCUUGCUCUCGAAGUAGAGAUAAUUACAGAAACAGAAGUCAGUCACAAGACAGAAACCAUUAUAGAUUCGACUGAGCCUCUUCUCAAGAACAUA